AGACGCAGACGACGCCUCCGCUUGGCUCGGCGGCUGGAGCCCGGGAGACAGGCCGCGCCCGGGCGCCCUCGGCCGCGUGGUGCCCACCGCGCGCUGCGCCCACACCAUGCCGGUGUCCGACCAGGCGUUCGUCACGCUGGCCACCAACGACGUCUACUGCCAGGGGGCCUUGGUGCUGGGGCAGUCACUCCGGGAGCACAGGGCCACCAGGAGGCUGGUGGUGCUGGUCACGCCUCAGGUGUCCACCCCGCUCAGGGUUAUCCUCUCAAGGGUGUUCGAUGAGGUCAUCGAAGUGAACCUCAUAGACAGUGCGGACUACGUCCACCUGGCCUUUCUGAAGAGACCUGACCUCGGAAUCACCCUCACCAAGCUUCACUGCUGGACGCUCACCCAUUACAGCAAAUGCGUCUUCCUGGAUGCAGACACAUUGGUGCUGUCCAACAUCGAUGAGCUCUUCGACAGGAGGGAGUUUUCUGCGGCCCCGGAUCCCGGGUGGCCGGAUUGCUUCAAUAGCGGGGUGUUUGUCUUCCAACCCUCGCUGGAGACGCACAGCCUCUUGCUACAGCACGCCGUUGAGCACGGCAGCUUUGACGGGGCAGACCAAGGCUUGCUGAACAGUUUCUUCAGUAACUGGUCCACCGCCGACAUCCGGAAACACUUGCCCUUCAUCUAUAACUUGAGCAGCAACACCACGUACACCUACAGCCCUGCUUUCAAACAAUUCGGCUCCAGUGCGAAGGUGGUCCACUUUCUGGGGUCCUUGAAGCCUUGGAACUACAAGUACAAUCCCCAGACGGGCUCCGUUUUGGAGGAGGGCUCCGGGCGGGCCGACCAGCAUCAGACGUCCUUCCUUAACCAGUGGUGGGGAAUUUACCACCGUAGCAUCUUGCCCCUUUGUGAAAAUAUCCGGAACAAGGACCACCAGGCGCCCCCAGGUCACACGGCUCGCCUUGGAGGCAUUGGGGUGCCGCGUUCCAGUGCAGCGGCCACAGCAGAGGGGUCGUGUGCGAAGCCAGCAGAGGGGCCCAGGCAGGCUAGCUCUGCUGACAGCUCGGAGAGGACCGUGGGGGUGGAGGGAGACAUCCCAACUCUGGCAGCGUGCCCUUCCGAAGAGACGGUAGGUUGGCGGGAAAUAGAGACUCGAGGUGAAGUGCGACGUGACCUGUUCUCAACACCCUCCCCCCAGUUUGCAGACCUCACAGAGAUCCAAAGCUCUUCGUGGCGGGCGGAGAACGACGGAGGUGCCCCAGCCGAGGACGCCUUGGAACCGAGCCUGGAGCCCCCUGCGGAUGUCAGCAGGGGCUCCAGUCCCCAGGACGCUCUGGAGGUGGACCUGACCAUUUCCGUCUCCCAGAUCUCCAUCGAAGAGAAGCUCAAGGUCCUGAGUCCCGAGGAGGAGCGGAGGAAGUGGGAGGAGGGACGGAUGGAUUACCUGGGGAAGGACGCCUUCGCCCGCAUUCAGGAAAAGCUGGACCGCUUCCUGCAGUGACCACGCUGUCCUGUUCCAUCAACGUCCCAAAGCCCUUUCCAAGGAGCUCUUCACCCACGUGCCUCUGUUUAUGGUCGGCCCACCUGAGUGCCUUCUGCCCACCCUGUUGUCCAUCCAAAACCCAGCUCGAAGCCCCGUGUGACCCCAGCUCCCCAUGUCUCUCAGGCUUCCCCGGGGACGUCCUGUCUCCUUUAUGUCUUGUUAGCAAAUCACUGAGGAUGGUGACUGCAGCCAUGAAAUUAAAAAACACUUGCUCCUUGGAAGAACAGCUAUGACCCACCUAGACAGCAUAUUAAAAAGCAGAGACAUCACUUUGCCCACAAAGGUCCGUCUAAGUCAUAGCUAUGGUUUUUCCAGCGGUCAUGUAUGGAUGUGAGAGUUGGACCAUAAACAAAGCUGAGCACCAAGUUGAUGCUUUUGAACCGUGGUGUUGGAGAAGACUCUUGAGAGUCCCUUGGACUGCAAGGAGAUCCAACCAGUCCAUUCUGAAGGAAAUCAGUCCUGAAUAUUCAUUGGAAGGACUGAUGUUGAAGCUGAAACUCGAAUACUUUGGCCACCUGAUGCGAAGAACUGACUCAUUUGAAAAGACUCUGAUGCUGGGAAAGAUUGAGGGCAGGAGGAGAAGGGGACGACAGAGGAUGAGAUGGUUGGAUGGCAUCACCAAUUCAAUGGACAUGGGUUUGGGUAAACUCCGGGAGUUGGUGACGGACAGGGAGGCCUGGCGUGUUGCAAUCCAUGGGGUGGCAAAAAGUCAGACACGACUCAACAGCUGAACAGCAGCAAAAGAGAACAUGAGUAUAGCCUUCUGGUCAACCCUGGGUCUCUGGACUUGCUUGAAGGAGCUCAGGAUUUUCUCCUGGACUGAUGAAACCACGUCCAUCCUAUGUAGGAUUAGCUUGAAGCACUGCCGAGCUUCAAACACGUAGCACUCAGAAAGGUAUUGAGCUCCCUGAGAACCUUCAGAAUGAUUAAGUCCUUUUCUUGAAGACGGGGUCAAUGUCUGGAUGUCUUGAGUGUGACUGUGGUGUGAAUUUUGCCAAGACUGGCUGGCAGACACCACGGCUGUGCUUUCUCUUCUGCAGAAAUACCCAGGGGGACUUCAAAGUCUCUUGACAUAGUCCCCAAGGGGACACAUCAGAACUAUUUGGAAGGAGAUUCUAGCUGGCUGGGGAGAGGUGACCUCUUCCAAACUGGUUUAACCCCUGCUGUAGAAGACGUCCCAGGUGGCGCUAGUGGUAAAGAACCCGCCUGCUAACACAGGAGAUAUGGGUUCGAUCCCUGGGUCGGGAAGAUCCCCUGGAGAAGGAAAUGGCAACCCACUCCAGUUUUGUUUUGUUUUGUUUUUUUCAUUUUGCCCUUUUUAUUUUGUAUUGGGAUGUAGCCGAUCAACAAUGUUAUGAUGGUUUCAGGUGGACGGCAAAGGGACUCAGCCAGACACAUACGUGUGUCCAUUCUCCCCCAGACUCCCCUCCCAUCCAGGCUGCCAGGUGACAGAGUACGCAGGAAUAAGCACCCAGGGUUUACGCCAAGGGUCACGUGCUCAUGGUGACUGGAUCUGGGGAGGCUGUUUCUCUGGAGGCGAAUCCGUGCGGGGUUGAGGACACGGGACUGCCCUUGGCUGGGUCUCACUACCUCACCUCACAGCUGCACUCGUGGUCCUCAGUCAGCCAAUGCAACUCAGCUACGUGGGGACGAUGCUCCAUUCUAUGACAGUGGAUGCGGUAAUUCCACGGGAGAGCCUUACUUCAGAAGCACCCUCAUUUGGAAUGAAUGCAGUGUGUCAGACCCUCUCAUGGGGUCAGCGUUUGUGGCCACCGCAAGGACAGUUAAAGCCAGGUGUCAGCUGCUGUCAUAACGAGGAGGAGAUGCUGGCCACCACCAAGAUAAUUAAAGCCAGACAUGGGUCGCUGUACUAAAGACAAGAUGCGGGUUUUAAAUGUUUGAGUGGUUCAUUUAUCGCCUCCCCAGGUGGCUGAGUGGUAAAGAGUCUGCAGGAGGUGUCAGGUUUGAUCCCUGGCUUGGGAAGAUCCCUGGGAGGAGGAAGUGGCAGCCCGCUCCAGCGUGCUUACCUGGAGAAUCCCGUGGACAGAGGAGCCUGGGGGCCUACAGUCCAUGAGGUCGCAGAGAGUCAGACACGACUGCGUGGCUGAGCACGUACUAUUGAAAAUCGUGACGUGGGCUUGGAAGAAGGUUGAGGUGGAUUUGUUCAAAUCCACGCGGGAUCUGAGUGGACUUCUGGGGUUUGUAGUAGCGUUUGCUGUGAGAGGUGCCCUCUCUGGAGGAGUUUUUAUUUCUUAUCUGUGGCUGAAUGAUCUGGCUUCUUGGUUGGC